CAAGAGACUGCAAUUCUGUAACAGACCUACCGGUGGCGCUGUGAAAUAUUGCUUCACUCAUUAUUCACAUGUCAACCGGCGACUGAAACUCAGUGGUGCUGUCGCUACAUCAUCGAGUGGAAAAAUCUCAGGCCGCAUGUGUGGUGAUAAAAUAAAUACUUGUUCUUCUCUGACAGCCACUCUUACCACCGGUUUAAGUUAUUUUUUUAAGACAAAGUCGUUGGUUUUCUGUUAAUAUCCGUAGAAAUAGCCGAAAAUGCCAAAGAAAGCGAAAGAAGACGCAGAAUGGGAAGGAGAAGAGGGAGCAGCACCACCACCAGCGGCGGCAGGUAGCUAAUUGCUGCUAGCAACUUAGCUAACGGUUACAGCUGAAUCCUUUCCAGCCGUUGCAAUAGACUGUUCGCUAAGAGAAAAAAAGUUGUUAGCUAGCUAAUGUGCCUCAGUGAGUGAUCUUUGAUAAACAAGUAACGGUCAUGGCUGUCAUACGAUAUGGUGUAUUUUGACAGCAUAGUGUGACAUUAGUGAUGGUUAACUAGCUGGCUGGAAGCUACGUUAGUUAGCUAACUAGCUUUCUAUCAAUGUUGUGAAAAUGAUGCAAUGCCAUAUUAAUGCCUUGGAAUUGUGUCAGACAAAUGAUUAAUUGUUCUCUCUACUUGACAGUCAAGUAGAGACACCUCAACAUUUAAAAUAGUGAAAGGGGUCGUUUGUGGAAGAAUAAUCAACUCGGGGUCAUAACUACAUUUACAUUUUAGUCAUUUAGCAGACGCUCUUAUCCAGAGCGACUUACAGUUAGUGAGUGCAUACAUUUUUCAUACUGUCCCCCCGUGGGAAACGAACCCACAAGCAAGUGCCAUGCUCUACCAACUGAGCUACAGGGGACCUAGUUAUUAAUUUCUCAUUGAAGUCAUGAAGGCUAGCUAGUUAGUUAGCUAGCUAGGUCAUAGCUAGUAUGCAUUGUUAGAAGAACUGCUGUGUUGCCAAAAGUCAUUCUGGAAAUGCUCCACCCCUAUGCUCCCCUUUUAACAUGCGUUGCCUCCCCUCUGGCUCAUUUGGCCACUCUUUUUGUCACUCAGUGCAUCCAUAUGUUGAUGACCAACUUGCUCAUCUUUAUACCUACAUUUUUAUCUCCCCUCUCUUCAGAAAAAUCAGUAAAGAAAGGAAAGAAGGAUAAGAAGGGGAAGAAGAGUGUGAGUAGUUAUACCUCUUGUCGAUAUUUUGAGUUAAUUGAAUGUGGCGUGAAAUAAAAUGUAAUCCUAAAUGUGAACAUUUAAUAAAAUGUGUCAACAUUGCUCUCACACAGUUCUUUGAUGAGCUGGCCACAGAUAACAAAACUGAGAAGGAGGAUGAACCAGUGCUGAAGGAGACUCAAGGAAAGCAGGUAAUUAUAUUCCUUAACUACUACAGAGAUAUUAUAUAGGCCAUUUUCAGGUGGAUUACUACUUUUUGCAAUACUGUAUCAAUAACACAACGUCCUGUGAUAUAUUGACAUGAAUAAAUCCACCUAUUCCAUAAUUAUUAUGUUUUUUUCCCCCUUCCCACCCAAUUUGCUCUCUUGAAAGACAGCAGACGAGCUUGAAGAGGUUGGGGAGGUUGGUUAUAUGUAGCCACUACUAGCCAGAAUGGUAGCUAGCUUGCAGUGUUGAAUCUACAAUACAUAGAUAACCAUUAUAUAUAAAUAUAAAUACUCAGUGCAUUCAGAAAGUAUUCAGACCCCUUGACUCUUUCCACAUUUUCUUACAUUACAGCCUUAUUCUAAAAUUGAUUAAAUUGUUUUUUCCCCCUCAUCAAACUACACACAAUGUCCAAUAAUGACAAAGCAAAAACUGUUUUUUAGACAUUUUUGCAAAUAGAUUAAAAAUAAAAACACAUCUAUUUACAUAAUUAUUCAGACCCUUUACUCAGUACUUUGUUGAAGCACCUUUGGAAGGGAUUACAGCCUUGAUUCUUCUUGGGUAUGACACUACAAGCUUGGCACACCUGUAUUUGGGGAGUUUUUCCCCAUCCUGUCAAGCUCUGUCAGGUUGGAUGGGGAGCAUCGCUGCACAGCUAUUUUCAGGUCUCUCCAGAGAUGUUUGAUCAGGUUCAAGUCUGGGCCACUCAAGGACAUUCAGAGACUUGUCCCGAAGCCACUCCUUUGUUGUAUUGGCUGUGUGCUUAGGGUCGUUGUCCUGUUGGAAGGUUAACCUUCGCCCUAGUCUGAGGUCCUGAGCGCUCCGGAGAAGGUUUUCAUCAAGGAUCUCUCUGUACUUUGCUCCGUUCAUCUUUCCCUCGAUGCUGGCUAGUCUUUCCCUGCCGCUGAAUAACAUCCCCACAGCAUGAUGCUGACACCACCAUGCUUCACCGUAGGGAUGGUGCCAGGUGUCCUCCAGACGUGAUGCUUGGCAUUCAGGCCAGAGUUCAAUCUUGGUUUCAUCAGAACAGAGAAUCUUGUUUCUCAUGGUCUGAUAGUCCUUUAGGUGCCUUUUGGCAAACUCCAAGCGGGCUGUCGUGCCUUUUACUGAGUAGUGGCUUCCGUCUGGCCACUCUACCAUAAAGGACUGAUUAGUGGAGUGCUGCAGAGAGAUGGUUGUCAUUCUGGAAGGUUCUCCCAUCUCCACAGAGGAACUCUGGAGCUCUGUCAGAGUGACCAUCGGGUUCUUGGUCACCUCCCUGACCAAGGCCCUUCUCCCCCGAUUGCUCAGUUUGGCCGGGUGGCCAGCUCUAGGAAGAGUCUUGGUGGUUCCAAACUUCUUCCAUUUAAGAAUGAUGGAGGCCACUGUGUUCUUGGGGACCUUCAAUGCUGCAGAAAUGUUUUGAAACCCUUCCCAAGAUCUUGGCCUCGACACAAUCCUGUGUCUGAGCUCUACGGACAAUUCCUUCGACCUCAUGGCUUGGUUUUUGCUCUGACAUACACUGUCAACUGUGGGACCUUAUAUAGACAGGUGUGUGCCUUUCCAAAUGAUGUCCAAUCAAUUGAAUUUACCACAAGUGGACUCCAAUCAAGUUGUAGAAACAUCUCAAGGAGGAUCAAUGGAUACAGGAUGCACCUGAGCUCAAUUUCGAGUCUCAUAGCAAUGGGUCUGAAUACUUAUGUAAAUAAGGUAUUUCUGUUUUUUAUUCUAAACACCUGUUUUUGCUUUGUCAUUAUGGGAUAUUGUGUGUAGAUUGAUGAGGGAAAACAUUUAUUUAAUCAAUUUUAGAAUAAGGCUGUAAAGUAACAAAUUGUGGAAAAAGUGAAGGGGUCUGAAUACUUUCCGAAUGCACUGUAUAUAUGGCUCCCGAGUGGCGCAGCAGUCUAAGCCACUGCAUCUCUGUGCUUCAGGCGUCACUACAGACCCCUGGUUCGAUUCCAGGCUGUAUCACAACCGGCCGUGAUUGGGAGUCCCAUAGGGCGGUGCACAAUUGGCCCAGCGUCGUGCGGGUUUGGCCGGUGUAGGGCGUCAUUGUAAAUAAGAAUUUGUUCUUAACUGACUUGCCUAGUCAAAUAAAGGUGAAAUAAAUAAAUAUGAAAAAUAUAUACACUACCGUUCAAAAGUUUGGGGUCACUUAGAAAUGUCCUUGUUUUCGAAAGAAAAGCUUCUUUUUUUUGUCCAUUUAAAAUAACAUCGAAUUGAUCAGAAAUACAGUGUAGACAUUGUUAAUGUUGUAAAUGGCUAUUGUAGCUGGAAACGGCUGAUUUUUUUUUUGGAAUAUCUACAUAGGCGUACAGAGGCCCAUUAUCGGCAACCACCAGUCCUUUGUUCCAAUGCCACGUUGUGUUUACUAAUCCAAGUUGAUCAUUUAAAAAGGCUAAUUGAUCAUUAGAAAACCCUUUUGCAAUUAUGUUAGCACAGCUGAAAACUGUUUUGCUGAUUAAAGAAGCAUUAAAACUGGCCUUCUUGAGACUAGUUGAGUAUCUGGAGCAUCAGCAAUUAUGGGUUCGAUUACAGGCUCAAAAUGGCCAGAAACAAAUAACUUUCUUCUGAAACUCGUCAGUCUAUUAUUGUUCUGAGAAAUUAAGACUAUUCCAUGCGAGAAAUUGCCAAGAAACUGAAGAUCUCGUACAACACUGUGUACUACUCCCUUCACAGAACAGCACAAACUGGCUCUAACCAGAAUAGAAAGAGGAGUGGGAGGCCCCGGUGCACAACUGAGCAAGAGGACAACUACAUUAGUGUCUAGUUUGAGAAACAGACGCCUCACAGGUCCUCAACUGGCAGUUUCAUUAAAUAGUACCCGCAAAACACCAGUCUCAACGUCAACAGUGAAGAGGCGACUCUGGGAUGCUGACCUUCUAGGUAGAGUUGCAAAGAAAAAGCCAUAUAUCAGAAUGGCCAAUAAAAAUAAAAUAUUAAAAUGGGCAAAAGAACACAGACACUGGACAGAGGAAGAUUGGAAAAAAGUGUUAUGGACAGACAAAUCGAAGUUUGAGGUGUUCGGAUCACAAAGAAGAACAUUUGUGAGACGCAGAACGAAUGAAAAGAUGCUGGAGGAGUGCUUGAUGCCAUCUGUCAAGCAUGGUGGAGGCAAUGUGAUUGUCUGGGGGUGCUUUGGGGGUAGUAAAGUGGGAGAUUUGUACAGGGUAAAAGGGAUCUUGAAGAAGGAAGGCUAUCACUCCAUUUUGCAACGCCAUGCCAUACCCUGUCGACGGUGCUUGAUUGGAGCCAAUUUCCUCCUACAACAGGACAAUGACCCAAAGCACAGCUCCAAACUAUGCAAUAACUAUUUAGGGAAGAAGCAGUCAGCUGGUAUUCUGUCUAUAAUGGAGUGGCCAGCACAGUCACCGGAUCUCAACCAUAUUGAGCUGUUGUGGGAGCAGCUUGACCGUAUGGUACAGUGGGGAGAACAAGUUUUUGAUACACUGCAGAUUUUGCAGGUUUUCCUACUUACAUAGCAUGUAGAGGUCUGUAAUUUCUAUCAUAGGUACACUUCAACUGUGAGAGACGGAAUCUAAAACAAAAAUCCAGAAAAUCACAUUGUAUGAUUUUUAAGUAAUUAAUUUGCAUUUUAUUGCAUGACAUAAGUAUUUGAUCACCUACCAACCAGUAAGAAUUCCGGCUCUCACAGACCUGUUAGUUUUUCAUUUAAGAAGCCCUCCUGUUCUCCACUCAUUACCUGUAUUAACUGCACCUGUUUGAACUCGUUACCUGUAUAAAAGACACCUGUCCAUACACUCAAUCAAACAGACUCCAACCUCUCCACAAUGGCCAAGACCAGAGAGCUGUGUAAGGACAUCAGGGAUACAAUUGUAGACCUACACAAGGCUGAGAUGGGCUACAGGACAAUAGGCAAGCAGCUUGGUGAGAAGGCAACAACUGUUGGCGCAAUUAUUAGAAAAUGGAAGAAGUUCAAGAUGACGGUGAAUCACCCUUGGUCUGGGGCUCCAUGCAAGAUCUCACCUCGUGGGGCAACAAUGAUCAUGAGGAAGGUGAGGGAUCAGCCCAGAACUACACGGAAGGACCUGGUCAAUGACCUGAAGAGAGCUGGGACCACAGUCUCAAAGAAAACCAUUAGUAACACAUUACGCCGUCAUGGAUUAAAAUCCUGCAGUGCACGCAAGGUCUCCCUGCUCAAGCCAGUGCAUGUCCAGGCCCGUCUGAAGUUUGCCAAUGACCAUCUGGAUGAUCCAGAGGAGGAAUGGGAGAAGGUCAUGUGGUCUGAUGAGACAAAAAUAGAGCUUUUUGGUCUAAACUCCACUCGCCGUGUUUGGAGGAAGAAGAAGGAUGAGUACAACCCCAAGAACACCAUCCCAACCGUGAAGCAUGGAGGUGGAAACAUCAUUCUUUGGGGAUGCUUUUCUGCAAAGGGGACAGGACGACUGCACUGUAUUGAGGGGAGGAUGGAUGGGGCCAUGUAUCGCAGAUCUUGGCCAACAACCUGCUUCCCUCAGUAAGAGCAUUGAAGAUGGGUCGUGGCUGGGUCUUCCAGCAUGACAACGACCCGAAACACACAGCCAGGGCAACUAAGGAGUGGCUCCGUAAGAAGCAUCUCAAGGUCCUGGAGUGGCCUAGCCAGUCUCCAGACCUGAACUCAAUAGAAAAUCAUUGGAGGGAGCUGAAAGUCCGUAUUGCCCAGCGACAGCCCCGAAACCUGAAGGAUCUGGAGAAGGUCUGUAUGGAGGAGUGGGCCAAAAUCCCUGCUGCAGUGUGUGCAAACCUGGACCUACAGGAAACGUAUGAUCUCUGUAAUUGCAAACAAAGGUUUCUGUACCAAAUAUUACUUAUGUCAUGCAAUAAAAUGCAAAUUAAUUACUUAAAAAUCAUACAAUGUGAUUUUCUGGUAUUUUGUUUUAGAUUCCGUCUCUCAUAGUUGAAGUGUACCUAUGAUAGAAAUUACAGACCUCUACAUGCUAUGUAAGUAGGAAAACCUGCAAAAUCGGCAGUGUAUCAAAUACUUGUUCUCCCCACUGUACGUAAGAAGUGCCCAUCAAGCCAAUCCAACUUGUGGGAGGUGCUUCAGCAAGCAUGGGGUGAAAUCUCUUCAGAUUACCUCAACAAAUUGACAACUAGAAUGCCAAAGGUCUGCAAGGCUGUAAUUGCUGAAAAUGGAGGAUUCUUUGACGAAAGCAAAGUUUGAAGGACGCAAAUAUUACUUCAAUUAAAAAUCAUUAUUUCUAACUUUGUCAAUGACUACAUUUCCUAUGCAUUUUGCUAUAUUUCCUAUUCAAACUCAUUUCAUGGAUGUUUUCAUGGAAAACAAGGAAAUGUCUAAGUGACCCCAAACUUUUGAACGGUAGUGUGUAUAUAGAAUUGUGAUAUGUAUCAUGAUGUCCCUUCCUGCUAAUACCUAGCCCUAGUAUUUAUCAUGUAAACCGUAAUGCCUGUCCAAUAUAAUCUAUUUUGCUCUCAGCCUCAGAAGAAAAAGAAAGACCGGCGGAAAGGUAGAGGUGGAGAGGGAGACGAUGAUGACGAGGAUAUGAUGGAGAAACUGAAGAAGCUGUCAGUGCAAGCCAGCGAGGAAGAGGAAGAGGAGGGUAAGUUGACUGCUUAGUCUGUCAAACAAAUGUCUACAUUUCAAGCCGGAAAUGUUCAGUGUUGAUAUUCUAGCUAGCCUUUCAUCAACUUCGCUCGCUCUCUUUCUCUCUCAUCCCAGUUGUGGCCUCCGGAAAAGGCAAGGGAAAUAAGGUAAGCAUGUUGUGCAUACAACAGUCUUGAUCACUACAUCGACAGUCUUAACAGUCUUGGUCCCUCUGUUCUAUUACAUUUUGGGGGUAGAAUACAAUAUAAUCCACUUUUAAAUUGUAUUUGUUGUCUCAGGGUGGGAACAUCUUUGCAGCUCUCAGUCAGGGAGACAGUGAGGAUGAUGAUGGUGAUGAUGAUGAUGAGAGACUGAUGAAGAAGGUGCGUGGGGUCUGUUUCUUGUGUUUGUGUCGUGUUCUUCUGAAUGUUGAUUCUAUUGAUACUAACCUCAUUUUUUAGAGGUCCAGGGAGCUUUUAGAAUGUGUUUGUGUUGGUGUUUACUAAUUCAUCCACCCAUUCAUCCCACCCUUCCUUCUACUGUUCCUUCCUGUUCCUUUUCUACUGUCUUCUCUUUUGGAUUUCAUCACACAUUCACAAUAAUAGCUACACAUGUUCACAUCCAUAUUCUUAGUGAUUCCUACAUAGGGCUGUGGCGGUCAUGACAUUUUGUCAGCUGGUGAUUGUCUUACAAAUAACUGCCGGUCUCAUGACCAUUAAUUAACAUAAACACGUUUAGCAUCUCCUGGCUUCCACGCAUAGCCUACAAGCCACUGAUGAAAACCGUUGGAACAUCUACAUUAAAAAAAAGUUUAAUAAAUCGAUUUAAUAUAGCCCACACCAUCACAAUAAUCCAUUGUUUAUUUUAGACAGGUCUAAAGAAACAUAAUAUGAAGAAAAUGUAGCCUAUUUCAGAAGAACAGAAUAGCAUACCCUGAGUUGUCCUUAUGGUAGGCCCUGAUCUAGCCAUGCCAUAUGGCUGUGGGCUACACCUAGUUCAUUUAGACAAGAUUUGCUUAGAAUUCUAUGGCAUUAUAUUAUAGAAUGAAGAAUACAAUUGAACAUAGUUUUAAGAAAGUAGAAAGGGAGUGCGCACAUGCGACUAUUCUGUGUUGAGCAGUUAACAAAGAAACAUAUAUUCUUAAUUAUUGUUAUUAUUCAACUUUAGUUCUGAUACAAACGUUAGGCUAUAUGUCUUGAUUUUUUAUACAUUCUAAGGCUGCAUGAUGCGACUAAUGAUGAUUUGAAAAAAGUUACAUGAAAGGCAUGAGCUCUGCUCUGUUUCUUGCACAGGCUGCACACACUUCAUCAGUCUCUCAUUCACAAUUUGACAAGCACUUGAUAAUAUGCCUACGAGUUGAAUUAUUUUUUAUUUAGAAUGCCCCACAAAGAAAACGGUUACGUGCUGUUACGUUUUUAAUAUGCAAGCAUAGGCAGCGCAUCCAUAAGGCUAGGGGAAGCUUUUCCUAAAGUAAAUUUAAUUAAAUUGCCAAAAUUAUAUAGCCUAAUUAGCCUACUCCUGUUUCUACAGAAAUAUAUAAAACAAAUCAAAAUAGGCUACUAAAGCAUGAUUUGGCCACAGAGGAUAAUUAGCUUUAAAAAAAAAAGUGGAUUGUUUUAAAUCGCAUUGCCUACAGUCGGAAGGAAAGGCAGCGCAUGUAAUUUGGGCAGAUUAUUGUUGAGUUGCGACUGUCUGUGAAAAGUAGAGAGGCCAAGCCAGGCAUAUCGCAAUAUUUCAAAAUACUAUCGCAGGAAAACCGUUUGGGAAGCAAAUGAUUAUUGCUGUAAAGAGAAGACAAUGAAAAUACUAAUCUGUCUUUUAGUUAUCAAAAUUCUCAAUUUAAUUGAGCGAACAACAGUAUAGCCUAUCUUAUUGGCACCAGCGGAGAGCAUCGGCAAUAUCCCUGGUGAUUGUGCACUGCGCAUAUUCACCAUUUAUCAUUGUUGGGUUAGUGCUAAUAAUAUUUGUUGAUUUAUUUUGACAAUUUCCUUCUCCAGUUUAGAUGGACGUCAUAUUCUAUUUGUGUCUCCCCUUCUCAUAGGCCUAUUAUAUGGACGUUGUUUUUAUUGAUCUGUUUGUCAGUGUCAGCAGAGUAGGCUACCCUGUAAUUUGUCGUAUUAAAAAAUAUGUUGCUAAUAUCUCCAGUCAUAUAAAGUGUAGUAGAAUUGCAUGAAAUGUGUUUAUAAAAGGCCACAUGCAAAGAAAUAAUAAACGUAUCUGAUAUAGCCUAGGCCUACACUACGCACUCAGCCAUGCAUUGAACGGUCUUCUUUUGCGAACAGUGAUUGAGUUACACUACCGUUUAAAAGUUUGGGGUCACUUAGAAAUGUCCUUGUUUUCCAUGAAAACAUACAUGAAAUGAGUUUGAAUAGGAAAUAUAGCAAAAUGCAUAGGAAAUGUAGUCAUUGACAAGGUUAGAAAUAAUGUUUUUUAAUAUAAAUAAUAAUUGUGUCCUUCAAACUUUGAGACUGGUGUUUUGCGGGUACUAUUUAAUGAAGCUGCCAGUUGAGGACCUGUGAGGCGUCUGUUUCUCAAACUAGACACUCUAAUGUAUUUGUCCUCUUGGUCAGUUGUGCACCGGGGCCUCCCACUCCCCGUUCUAUUCUGGUUAGAACCAGUUUGUGCUGUUCUGUGAAGGGAGGAGUACACAGCGUUGUACAAGAUCUUCAGUUUCUUGGCAAUUUCUCGCAUGGAAUAGCCUUCAUUUCUCAGAACAAGAAUAGACUGACGAGGAUUUUCAGAAGAAAGUUAUUUGUUUCUGGCCCUUUUGAGCCUGUAAUCGAACCCACAAUUGCUGAUGCUCCAGAUACUCAACUAGUCUCAAGAAGGCCAGUUUUAUUGCUUCUUUAAUCAGCACAACAGUUUUCAGCUGUGCUAACAUAAUUGCAAAAGGGUUUUCUAAUGAUCAAUUACAUUUUUACAUUUUACAUUUUUAGUCAUUUAGCAGAUGCUCUUAUCCAGAGCGACUUAGUUAGUGAGUGCAUACAUUUUCAUACUGGCCCCCCAUGGGAAACGAACCCACAACCCUGGCGUUGCAAGCUCCAUGCUCUACCAACUGAGCUACAGGGGACUAUAGCCUUUUAAAAUGAUAAACUUGGAUUAGCAAACACAACGUGCCAUUGAAACACAGGUCUGAUGGUUGCUGAUAAUGGGCCUCUGUACGCCUAUGUAGAUUUUCCAUAAAAUAUCAGCCGUUUCCAGCUACAAUAGCCAUUUACAACAUUAACAAUGUCUACACUGUAUUUCUGAUCAAUUUUAUGUUAUUUUAAUGGACUUUUUCCAAAAGAAGGACAUUUCUAUGUGACCCCAAACUUUUGAACGGUAGUAUAUAUUAUGACUAUCCAAUCUACUCAUCACAUUAUGAAUAGUACGCUAUCUUACAUAAGUUUGCAAAUGCGAUGAUGCAUGGAAUGCUUUAUUAUAAAGGUGCAUUUUUAUGGUAGAAAUGAGCUUCCCCAAACUUAACUCGCACGCCGCAUACGUUUGCCAGGUUGUAAAACGGAUUAAUGUGCUUAAUUCUAAGAAUUGAGCAAUAAAUAUAGGAGUACGAGAAAGCUGGGAUCCUCUUUUAAAUAGUGGCCAGUAAAAACUCUGUUUUCACAUGCGAUUGCGCAAUGGCAGGGCUUAUAAAAGCACAUGUUUCACUAGGCUCUGUAGGCUAUGUGCUCUCUAACCAUGUUCCAGGUGUCCUAGGCCUAUAGGCUACGUUUGGAGUUAUUUGGCCACUUUAGUCGUGAUACAAACUUUAUCAAAACAGAUAGGCCUAUGGGCUAGGCUACAUGAUGUGUGUGACUAUUAUUUGAAAGUCACAAAAAAAAGGCGUGCUGUUUCUUGCCUUACUGCACAUGCUGGGCAUCAUUCACAAAUGAUAAUGUCACCCAUCAGACUAUUUUUAGUUUAAUCUUGUCUUCAUAUAUACUAAAUAAUAUGUGUGAAAUUAGUUUUGAUAUAGAAUGUACCAUUAUCAUGCACCUGUCAGAACAGGGGCAGGGCAAAAAUAAAUAAAUAGAGAAAUAAAUAUAGUAGGGCUAGCCUAUAGGAAGCUGAUGGGAUCCUCUUUUUAAUAGAGGCCAUCAAAACUCUGUUUGCUCACGCAAUUGCAUAGCCUAUAGCCUAUAGAAAUGUUGCGCAACAUGAGCUCAUGGGCCAUCAUGAAGUGUUUGAUUUGAUUUUCGAUUUGAUUUGCAUUGAUGUCGGCGUGAUUAGAGGGACAAUAGAUCGCUCAGUGCCAGGCCAUUAGCGACUGGCAGUUAGCAAGUUUAGUAGGCUAAUAAUGACAUUUGCAGCAUCAGAGCGCAGUUUUUGGAGAAACCUAGUUACGGUGACUAAAUGGUCACAUGGAAUUUGACUGCGGUCAUGACUCGUGACCGCCGGUGUGAUGGUAAUACGGUCACCGUAACAGCCCUAUUCCUACAUAAUUUCCUUUCAUUGCAUUUCAUCUACAUGUGUCGGACAAAUUAGCAUUGGCCAGAAGUGUUGGGGCUUGCAAGGCACUUAGAAUCUAAUGAUUUGAAUCAAGCAUGUUCUUUUUCUUCAUAAUGACGUUGUGCUCUGGUGUAAGGACAUCUCUAAUAUUAAGGAACUGGUGUAUCUGUGUGUUUGUCCGUGCGUCUUUAAUACUUUAAUACAGGAGGUUGAGAAGGUGUAUAAGGGCAAGAAAAAAGAUAAGCCAAAACCGAAAGCCAAGGUGGGUGAUGGAAUGUAUUUCUUCUCCGACUAUACACUAUUUUCUUUACCCCCCCCCCCCCCCCUUACCCCCCAUCAAACAGGGUUGAUACCGGAAAGCAGCACAUUUUUAAAUUGUUCACUAACACAUUCCCAUCUCAAUCUAUUCCCUUUUUAUUUCACUCUACACUUUAUUUCACUACUUUUCUCUUUCUCAUACACCUCAUAUCUGCAGAUCUAACCCACUGAAAUACUCAACACAAUACAACUGUGUGUCUGAUCUCACUUGUUCCCAGACGUGGAUCCUCACUCUCCUUUUUCCUACAUAUCCAGGCUCCCUCCGAUGAUGAGGAAGAGAAGAAAGACGAGGAUGAGAAGAAAGCUGUGAAAAAUAACAAGAAACCAGAGGCUAAACCAGCACCCAAGGUCAGGCUUUUGAUAGGCUUGGUGAAAUUUUCACAAUAUUGCUUAUGCCGAUCCAAUAAUUUCAGAUCUACUGGAGUAUCUAGGGAGUAGAGAGUAGAGCCUAGGGGUUGCUUGAUUUGGGAUUCAGCAUUAUGUUGAGAACUAAAUGAGAAAAACUCACUUUUACUCUUCCUUUGUAGGCAACUGAGGAUGAAGCAGAGGACGAGAAGCCUCAGCCGAAGAAAGGCAAGAAGGAACAGCCCAAGGUGAGUGAAGAGCUCUGGCGGUAACGACACAAACUUUGUAUAAAACAGUUUUCCUUCUGGAAUGUAGGGAUGGCAUUCUAUAGGAAAUAUCAUGGGUUAGCGACAUACAGUGCCUUCAGAAAGUAUUCAUACCCCUUGACUUAUUCCAUAUUUUGUUGUUUUACAGCGUAAAUUCAAAAUGGAUUACAUUUUACUUUUAAAUCUCACCCAUCUAUACACACUACCCCAUAAUGACAAAGUGAGAACAUGUUUUUAGACAUUUUUGCUAAUUUAUUGAAAAUGAAAUGCAGAUUUUACAUAAGUAUUCACACCCCUGAGUCAAUACUUUGUAGAAGCACCUUUGGCAGCGAUUACAGCUGUGAGUCUUUCUGGGUAAGUCUCUAAGAGCUUUCCACACCUGGAUUUUGCAACAUUUGCCCAAUAUUCUUCUGAAAAUUCUUCAAGCUCUGUCAAAUUGGUUCUUGAUCAUUGCUAGACAACGAUUUUCAGGUUUGCCAUAGGUUUUUAAGUAGAUUUAAGUCAAAACUGUAACUUGGCCACUCAGGAACAUUCAUUGUCUUAUUGGUAAGCAAUUCCAGUGUGGAUUUGGCCUUGUGUUUCAGGUUAUUGUCCUGCCGAAAGGUGAAUUUGUCUCCCAGUGUCUGGUGGAAAGCAGACUGAACCAGAUUUUCCUCUAGGAUUUUGCCUGUACCUUAGCUCCAUUCCCUUUCUUUUUUAUCCUGAAAAACUCCCCAGUCCUUGCCGAUGACAAGCAUACCCAUAACAUGAUGCAGCCACCAGUAUGCUUGAAAAUAUGGAGAGUGGUACUCAGUAAUGUGUUGUAUUGGAUUUGCCCCAAACAUAACACUUUGUGUUCAGGACAAAAAGUGAAUUGCUUUGCCACAUUUUUUGCUGUAUUACUUUAGUGCCUUGUUGCAAACAGGAUGCAUGUUUUGGAAUAUUUCUAUUCUGUACAGGCUUCCUUCUUUUCACUCUGUCAAUUAGGUUAGUAUUGUGGAAUAGCUACGAUGUUGUUGAUCCAUCCUCAGUUUUCUCCUGUCACAGCCAUUAAACUCUAACUUUUUUAGAGUCACCAUUGGCCUCAUGGUGAAAUCCCUGAGCGGUUUCCUUCCUCUCCGGCAACUUAGUUAGGAAGGACGCCUGUAUCUUUGUAGUGACUGGGUGUAUUGAUACAUCAUCCAAAGUGUAAUAAAUAACUUCACCAUGUUCAAAGGGAUAUUCAAUGUCUGUUUUGUUUUUUACCCAUCUACCAAUAGGUGCCCUUCUUUGCGAGGCAUUGGAAAACCUCCCUGGUCUUUGUGGUUGAAUCUGUGUUUGAAAUUCACUGCUCGACUGAGGGACCUUACAGAUAAUUGUAUGUGUGGGUUACAAAGAUGGGGUAGUCAUUCAGAAAUCAUAUUAAACACUAUUAUUGCACACAGUGAGUCAAUGCAACUUAUUAUAUGACUUGUUAAGCAAACUUUUACUCCUGAACUUAUUUAGGCUUUCCAUAACAAAAGGGGUUGAAUACUUAUUGACUCAUGACAUUUCAGCUUUUAAUUUUUUAUAAAUUUGACAUUGUGGUAUUGUGUGUAGGCCAGUGACCCAAAAUCUCAAUUUAAUUCAUUUUAAAUUCAGGCUACUUUCUGAAGGCACUAGAAGUGUGACUAAGUCUCAAUAUCCACACCUGUAAACUAUCUAGGCCAAUAUAAUGCAUGGCCACAGUAUAUGGGUCACAGUAACACUUGAUCUCUUGUUAGGGUAGUUUCUGUAAAACCAUAAUGUUGUGUUACUUGUCCCAUUCAGAGGAUGAACAAACCUGCUCGCCCCCCGCGCAGCGAAGAUGAGGAAGAGGGUGAAGACGACGAAGAUGACACAAUGAAGGUGUGUGUUUAUUGUCUAAACUGAGUCUGCUGUAUGGAAGGGUCAUACAUAGCAUGUAGAGCCACCAUAGAACGCCUAACUCACUGUCUCUCCCUCUGUCUGCCUCCCUCUCUACUGUCAGUGUGCUGAAGACGUGAUAGCAGAGCAGGAGCAGGAGAAAGGUGACGACCCCUUUGCAAACAUGAGCAAGAAGGAGAAGAAGAAGAAAAAGAAAAUGGUAACCAGUCCAUAUAUAUAUAUAUAUAUAUAUAUAUACAAAUAUUGACCUUUUGAGAGCCUUUGGGCCAAACCAGACACAGAAGAAGCUUUUCAUUCAUUGGAAGUGUGUGUCUGUGUUUCUAGAUUGAGUAUGAAAAGCAGGUGGCCAGUGUGCGUGCUGCCAACGCCAUCGAGGGAGACUUCUCCGUGUCCCAGGCUGAGUUGUCUUCCAGACAGGCCAUGCUGGAGAACGCAUCAGAUAUCAAGGUGACCUGACCAUCUCGACUCUUCUAGUGUUUCUUUAUUAUGAAGAAUGUAGUGAAAACUUCAUAGAACAUAGUUAUUUUACUGAAGGAAAACCUGAUAGCACAAAAAAAAACAUUUACACAUACCUGAAGUACACUAUAUAUACAAAAGUAUGUGGACACCCCUUCAAAUUAGUGGAUUUGGCUAUUUCAACCACACGUGUGCAGACAGGUGUAUAAAAUCGAGCACACCGCCAUGCAAUCUCCACAGACAAACAUUGGCAGUAGAGUGGCCUUACUGAAGAGUUCAGUGAAUUUCAAUGUGGCACCGUCAUAGGAUGCCACCUUUCCAAGAAGUCAGUUCGUCAAAUUUCAGCCCUGCUAGAGCUGCCCCAGUCAACUGUAAGUGCUGUUAAUGUGAAGUGGAAACGUUUAGGCGCAAAAACAACGGCUCAGCCGCGAAGUGGUAGGCCUCACAAGCUCACAGAACGGGACCUCCGAAUGCUGAAGCACGUAGCACGUAAAAAUCAUCUGUCCUCAGUUGCAACACUCACUACCGAGUUCCAAACUGCCUGUGGAAGCAGAGUCUGCACAAUAACUGUUUGUCGGGAGCUUCAUGAAAUGGGUUUCCAUGGCCAAGCAGCCGCACACAAGCCUAAGAUCACCGUGCGCAAUGACAAGUGUCGGCUGGAGUGGUGUAAAGCCCGCCGCCAUUGGACUCUGGAGCAGUGGAAACGCGUUCUCUGGAGGGAUGAAUCACGCUUCACCAUCUGGCAGUCCGAAGGAGUAAUCUGGGUUUGGCGGAUGCCAGGAGAAAGCUACCUGCCCCAAUGCAUAGUGCCAAAUGUAAAGUUUGGUGGAGGAGGAAUAAUGGUCUGGGGCUGCCUUUCAUGUUUUGAGCUAGGCCCCUUAGUUCCAGUGAAGGGAAAUCUUAAUGCUACAGCAUACAAUGACAUUCUAGACGAUUCUGUGCUUCCAACUUUGUGGCAACAGUUUGGGGAAGUUCUUGUUUCAGCAUGACAAUGCCCCCGUGCACAAAGUGAGGUCCAUACAGAAAUAGUUUGUCGAGCCCUGACCUCAACCCCAUCGAACACCUUUGGGAUGAAUUUGAAUGCCGACUGCGAGCCAGGCCUAAUCACCCAACAUCAGUGCCCAACCUCACUAAUGCUCUUGUGGCUGAAUGGAAGCAAGUCCCCGCAGCAAUGUUCCAACAUCUAGCGGAAUGCCCAUGAUUUUGGAAUGAGAUGUUUGACAAGCAGGUGUCCACAUACUUUUGGUCAUGUAGAGUAACAUCUUAUCUCACAUAAGAAGAAUGGUUGUUGGGAUUCAUCAAAUGGCUGAUGAAUGUCUAUGUAACUGAAACAUUCCAUUUUAUUUAUUAAAUGUUUAUUUGUAAGCACACUGUGAGUAUGAGGAGGUAGUCCCUUCAACCAUUCCUUACUGAAUGUCAAGUUGGAAGCCCUAAAGUUCUAUCAGAGUUCACCUGUAGUGGUUUUAAUGUGCUGCUCUUUGUCUCCAGCUGGAGAGGUUCAGUAUAUCAGCUCACGGGAAGGAGCUGUUUGUCAAUGCAGACCUCCUGGUGGUGGCAGGAAGACGCUACGGUCUGGUUGGACCUAAUGGGAAAGGGAAGACCACUCUCCUGAAACAUAUCGCCAACAGAGCUCUCAGUAUCCCUCCUAACAUUGACGUGCUGCUCUGUGAGCAAGGUAUGUCACCUGUCCUCUGAAGAACCCCCCGCCCCAUCAUAACCUUCUCUCUCUGUCUCCCUCCCUUAUCCUCUAUCUAUUUGUAUUUAUCUCCACCCCCUGUCUCUCUCUCCUUCUCCUCUCCUCCCUCCCUCUACUCUCCUCUCUCUCUCUACCCCUCUUCUCCCUUCACUUCACCCCGACCCUCUUUCCCCCCUCUAACACCCUGUUGCGCGCUCCAUCUCUCCAUAGAGGUAAUGGCGGAUGACACCCCAGCGGUCCAGGCUGUGUUGAAGGCAGACACCAGGCGUCUGAAGCUCCUAGAGGAGGAGAGACAACUCCAGGCUCUGCUGGAGAAAGGAGAAGACAGCGUGGCUGAGAGACUGGACAAGGUAUGGGGAAGCAUCAUAAUUAAACCCUAAUACACUCUUAGAUCUGCCAGGCGAAAUAUCCACUUUCUAAUUGCUAUGAUAAUCUAUUGAACACAGGGCUGGGGUCAAGUUUUCAUUCAGACUGUGGUAACUGGAAAAAGAGUGUCAUGGUCUCUUAAGCUGCAUUCAGAUAGAAAUGUCAUAUCUGUCAAUAGACUAAACCACUGCAUGUGUACAUAUUGUGUGUCUGUCUCAACCAGGUCUACGAGGAGUUGAGGAUCAUCGGGGCAGCAGCAGCGGAGGCUAAAGCCCGUCGUAUCCUGGCUGGUCUCUCCUUCACCCCAGAGAUGCAGAACAGAGCUACCAAGAAGUUCUCUGGAGGCUGGAGGAUGAGAGUCUCACUAGCCAGGUAAUACCGUUUUUCUCUGAAUUCCAGGGACAGGUGUAGGAUCUUAAUUUGAUCACACUCUUGUUGCUGAGAAUUUUCCUGCACUGCAGGAAAUGCAGAUGAGUUUCGUGAUUUAAAUAAAUUAACUGAAAAUCCACACUAACACAGUUAUAUUAACAGUAUUGCACUUUUCAUGUAACCUACUUUUGGCCAGCUAAUAACCUAACCACAGAUCAAGCAACCUUAUGGACUUAACGUUCAAUUCCUGUUGCUGCAUAAUAAGAUCCUAUAUCUGUAGACCCCCUAGCCUUGCCUAGGCAAUUCUAUAGAUCUGAAAGGAUUUGAUUUUAGCAAUAUGGCAAUUGCUUCAAUUGUUUGUUUUUAGCUACUUCUGCAGGUCAAGUUUUUUUUAUUUUUACAAAGUCACUUUUACAGAGAAUAAAAAUGAACGAAAGUAAAACGUCGAUAAAGACAGUGAAAAUGAAUUCAAAGCUUCUCUCCUACCAGAGCUCUGUUCAUGGAGCCCACCCUGCUGAUGCUGGAUGAGCCCACCAACCAUCUUGACCUCAAUGCUGUCAUCUGGCUCAACAAGUAAGGGCAUACCACACGCAGCCUUUUACUUAAAUAUAAUUUAAUUCACAGGGCCACACAACACGCAGCUGCUUACUCAAUGGGUCUCCUUUCUGCCCUGGAUCUGUGAAUGAUACCACUGCAAGGGCUAAUAUGUUAAUCUCUCCUCCUAGCUACCUUCAGGGCUGGAAGAAGACUCUCCUCAUCGUGUCUCACGACCAGAGUUUUUUGGACGAUGUGUGUACUGACAUCGUUCACCUGGACAACCAGAAACUUUACUACUACAGAGGGAACUACCGUGAGUUUAUUAGCAAUGGACAUUCUUUCUCCUACCCCACAAACUCCAACACAUGUAUAGUUCUAUACACAUUUACAUUUAGCAGGAGCUCUUAUCCAGAGCCACUUGCAGUUAGAUCCAUGUUCUAUAGAUUGAAGUUUCUCUCUCUCCGUUUCGCAGUGACGUUUAAGAAGAUGUACGUUCAGAAGCAGAAGGAGCUCCAGAAACAGUACGACAAACAGGAGAAGAAGCUCAAAGAUCUCAAGGCUGGAGGGAGGUCCACCAAACAGGCCGUGAGUACAGUACAGUUACAUGGUUCUACCUGGAUCUGUCUGUCGCUCUCUCUGUACUUCUCCCAUCAUCCACUGUUUUCUGUCUCAGUCUCUCUCUCUAUCUCUCUCUCUCUCCCUCCUUCUAUCAUCCACUGUGUUCUGUCUCUCUCUCUCUCUAGGAGAAGCAGACUAAGGAGGCCCUGACCAGGAAGCAAGCGAAAGGAAAGAAGAAGGGAGGAGUGGAGGAGGAGAGUCAGGAAGCAACAGAGCUGCUCAAACGACCCAAAGAGUACACUGUCAAAUUCACCUUCCCCAACCCCCCUUCUCUCUCUCCUCCCAUCCUCGGACUGCACAGUGAGUUUUCCCUCUCUUUUCCUCUUCCACUUUUUGUAUAUCCCUGUUUAACCCUCUGCUCUCUGUAUGUCUCAGGUGUGGACUUUGCCUUUGAGGGACACAAACCCCUCUUCAAGAACGUGGACUUUGGUAUUGACAUGGAGACUAGAAGUAAGUAGAAAUUAUUUCUGUUUGCAAACCUGGGACAUGUUCAUUUGGCACAGUUGGACUUUCUGGUCAUUAGCCUCCAUACUAUACCAAACAGCUCUUUUUCCUUGUUCAGUUUGUAUAGUUGGACCCAAUGGAGUCGGGAAGAGUACCCUACUACUACUUCUCACGGGCAGGUUGAAUCCAGUAAGCUUCCCUUCAAACAAAAACAACACAAAUAUUAUCUAUAUAUACAAAUGCAAAUACAACACCUGUUUCUGCACUGAUGGGUGUAACUGUGUCAAACUAAAUGUGUUGAUUUGCCUUUCAGACCAAGGGGGAGAUGAGAAAGAACCAUCGGCUGAAGGUGGGCUUCUUCAACCAGCAGUAUGCUGACCAGCUGAACAUGGAGGAGGCAGCUACAGAGUACCUCCAGAGGAACUUCAACCUGCCCUACCAGGACAGCAGGAAGUGUCUGGGCCGCUUCGGACUGGAGAGCCACGCACACACCAUUCAGAUCUCCAAGCUAUCAGGUUAGGAUUAGAAACAUGCGCGCACACACAUACGCCAUCAUCCAGUGUGUGUCAAUCUGUUCUUCUAAAUGUCUUCUCUCUGUUCCUCUCCAUCCAGGUGGUCAGAAAGCCCGAGUGGUGUUCGCUGAGCUGGCCUGUCGGCAACCUGACGUUCUCAUCCUGGAUGAGCCUACUAACAACCUGGACAUUGAGUCGAUCGACGCUUUAUCAGAAGCUAUCAAUGAGUACAAAGGAGGUAUGUACACAGUAUAAGAGGCUGUUCGAUGUUGAGUGUUUCUUUUGUUAAAAUGUAGGAUCAGAAAGUAGCCUCAGAAAUUGGUGUAGUGAUGGCAUAAAUAAAAUGGCAGUCAACAAACAAUUUGCAUGCUGCUGAAAGUGCCCUUUGGUAGACUCUUCUGACAUCAGUGUUUCUCAUAUAUUAUGGUAAUGUAAUAUGCACUUUCCUGCUGUUGUCCCUUCAUAGCGGUGAUCAUUGUGAGCCACGAUGCCCGGCUGAUCACUGAGACAGCCUGUCAGCUGUGGGUGGUGGAGGACCGGUCUGUCAACCAGAUAGACGGAGACUUUGAGGACUACAAACGGGAGGUCCUGGAAUCACUGGGGGAGACCCUGGUCCACAAGGUCAAGGAGUGACCUACCUACCUACAGCAGAACCAGGGCUGUGUCUCUAUUGGCAUUCUAUAACCUAAUAUAGUGCAUUACUUUUGACCAUAGCACUAUGGGCCCUGGUCCAAUGUACUGCACUAUGUAGGGAAUAGGUUGCCAUUUAUAACAGACCCCAGGAGGAAAUAGAAAUGUAAUGCAAUAUAACCCACCGCUGAAGCUGGCUAUGUCAUCAGCUCAGUGCUGGGGUGCAUCUCCAUAGUCUAAAGUGGCUUCCUUUCCUCGAUCAUUCUGAACUUAUUUGAAAACUCAGGAUAGGUGAAAGCAACAUCAUGGCUGAAGUCUGUCUCCCAAAUCAGUUUGAUUGAAGAAAGGAGGCGUGGAGAGGAAGCCAUGUUAGACUAUUCAGACAUACCCCUGGUGUACUGCAGUAUCUUCUCGGCCUAUGAGAUGCAUACAUUUUCAGAACUACAAAUCGCCCCCUUGUACCCUCUAUACACACCCCUGUAG